AUGGUCCUUCACCAGCUAAACGCCCACUACCAGCGGCUUUCCACCGCCGCCAUUGGCCAUGUGUUUGAUGCUAACCGCGACGUGGUAUUGAUUACUGGCGGCGCCCACGGCCUUGGCCACGAACUAGCGCGUCGGUUCAGUGCCCUUGGUGGCCGGGUGGCAGUGAUGGAUAUUGAAAUCCCUAUAGCGGCGUGCCGGGUGCCUGGCGUCGCUUACUUUCAAGGCGAUGUAUGUGUCCCUCAAGACCUUGUCGCCAUUGACCAACAAAUCCGCUCAGCCAUGGGUCCGGUGACCGUACUCAUCAACAACGCCAGCGUGGCUGAAGGCGGGCUGGUGCUCGACACGCUGUUUGCUGCUAUUGACCGCACCGUCGACGUUAACUUGAAAGGUGCCAUGUACGCUACCAAGGUGUUCUUGCCGCCAAUGGUGGAAAACAAACGCGGCUACAUCGUCAAUGUGGCGCUGACUCUCGGGUACAUGUGUCCGGCUCGUCUUGCCGCCUACGGAGCUACGAAGCUGGGAGUAAUUGCCUUCCACGAAGGGCUCACCUACGAGUUAGGCGGACCCCUGCUGGCCGGCUUCACUGGAGUCAAGACGUUGUUGGUGUGUCCUGGCCAGUUGUCUCUGGGGAUGUUUAGCGACGUUGAUACUCCCUGUCAGUGGCUAGCCCCCAAGCUUGACCCCGAUGAAGUGGCCAAGACUAUCGUCAAAGCAGUGAAACACGGUGCUCGAGGUGAAAUUAAAAUGCCGUUUUACGGCAAGUUCUUGCCGAUCUUCCGAUCGAUGCCGUGGCCGGUGACGGAGUUGGCUCGCAAAGUGCUGGGAAUCGAUAGCGCUACCCAGGUAUACGUGAGACGGCCCCAUUUACAAAUUGAUGCACCUCCUACCUCAGUUUCGUCUCAAGAUUUCACCAUCAGCGACGUGGCUGACGAUCGUGGCUAUCUUGAAGCUGCUUCCAGUGAAACUACUCACGCAGAACACACCGGAAUUGAGGCUACGGAAGCAGAAGUUGUACAACCUGAGACUGUGGAAAACGACAAGACGACGGACGACGCUUCAGUCGUCUCGAUCACCACCUAA